UUGUGAUUGCAUCAUAUUUUUAGAAAGCGCUGCCGGCUUUGACUGUACACAGUUUCAUAUUUUAUACGGUUUUCAACUAAAACGUGACCUGGCCGUAUCGUCCUAUUAAAUUCUCUGGAGACGGGAGCCAUUAAUUAAAUAAGAAGAAGAUAUUCAAUUACUCGUCCAAUAUAUUAGCGGAUCAAUACCAAAUAUAUUAGGACUUGCGCGCACACAGCCAUAGGAAUCGAGCAAGAAGAUAAACAGAAGGUUUUACGAAUGCUUGAGUUAUUGAAAUUAUUAUUCUCUAUUUGCUAAAAAAAAAAGCGAGAAGGAUAUACGUAGAGAGUGGUUGCUUUCCAUCUACGACACAUCAAUCACCUCAUCUUUAUUUAACAUAAGCGAACGACAAGGAUGCAACUAACGCCGUGUAAGGGUCAGAACACGUUACUUCUGUAUCUCUUGUUGGAUAAUAAUGUUAGGCGUAGAUAUCUUAUGAACAUAUUUCUUAUAUCGUACAUAUAUUUAAAAUGUAAAUUCUCUAAAGCGCCAAUCGAAGAAAAAAAAAAAAAAUUGGCAUCUAUAAACAAGAGUAUCCGACUAUGGAAUUCUGCUGUGUUGAAUUAUGCUAUGGCGUGUCGCGUGUCGGUGUUGGAAACCACCGCGUUCGACACUGUCGAUUUGUGUCGCCGAAAACCCUUGAUGGAAAGCACCCAGUAAUAAGAAACGAUGUGACGUAGAAAGUAAAAUUGGUUAAUUAAGUAUACGUUAGAGAAUAAUAAUAAACAGUGUAACGUAGAAAGUAAAAUUGGUUAAAUAAGUAUACGUUAGAGAAUAAUAAUAAACGGUGUGACGUAGAAUUAGUUUUGCGUGGAUUAGAUUCUGUCGUAUUUCACAGAGAUAUUUGGUGACCCCGACGUAAUCGCACUUUAAAAAGAUCCAGAAGAAUCGGAAUCAGGGGAACCCCGAUCAUAAAAAGGCAAUGAAAGAAAACGAAAGUAGAGAUUGUGCGAUCGACCGUUCACCACCGCAUGAUCCCGACAGCACAGUACCAUCAAUAUCCGGUUCUGUGGUACCAGAAGAGGUCGGUGCCUUAGUAGCGAGUGUCUUGAACAGUGGAAAAAUUAAGUCUCAUGAAACCAAUAUUGUAUACAUGGUAAAACCACCAAAGUUUUGCAAGGUCAACCCCUCGCUAUGGUUCAAGGAAGUUGAGGCAAUUUUUGCUAAUUUUGGAAUCAGAAACGAUGAGACGAAAUUUCGAUAUGUAGUGAUUCAUCUCGAUCAAUCUGUCCUGCUUCUCAUUUUAGAUAUGCUUGAAAAACCACCGGAGCGAAACAAGUACAAGAGUCUAAAAAAUCGUAUUAUUUUAUUGUUUGAUGAAUCGGAUGAGUCUAAGUUAAAACGUCUAAUAGGCGUAGACAGACACGAUAAAGAAAAGCCUUCCGAAUUUCUAGAACGUCUAAAAAGUAUAGCAGCGGGGAAAUUUGAUGAAGCCGUGUUGAAGACAGUGUUCCUAGAACAGAUGCCGGAGAACAUACAAAACGUUCUUGAAAUCAGUGGGCUCACCGACCUGUCGGAACUCGUGCAAAGAGCUGAUAAUAUGGUAGAAGUAACACAAAGAAUACUUGGAGUUUAUUACGUUGACGAACCCAUAGAAAAUGAUAUAACCUCUACUUUCGAUGAGCACUUAAAGGUUGUGGAAGAAAUGAUUGACUACCUAGCACGCGAUAUGAAACAAACGGAACUUUGUAGGCGAUCAAGAUAUCGCAAAUGCUGUAAAUUUUUCAAAAAAGCUAAGGAGAAGCUCAAGAUAUAUUAAAAUUAUCAUCUCAAAUUAAGGAGGUCACCGACGACACGUCCAUAAAAAAUCACCCGUUGGUCAUAGAUAAAAAAACGAACACUUGAUUCUUGGUGGACACAGCAAAUAAUAGCUACGUACAUUUUUGGAAUGAAGCUAGUCACGUUGGACUUGGGCCUUUGUAGAAAGUUUAUGUGGACAUUCAUCCUAACUAAUAUCUCUUCUAUAAUAAUAGGCUAAUUUCCUGUACCAUUUCGGCCUGUUACCAGAUUUGGGAGGUUGGAGAUACAUUGAUAGCACAACGAAUUUACGAGUUGAUGGAGAAAUCAUACGGACUCCUAUGGUAUCACUUUCAACACAUUAUGUUUUAACUAAAGGAUUCCUAAUGGCAGAACUCGGUUAACAAUUAAUGUUAUAAAGCAACACUCUGCAUCUUAAUCAAAAGAAAUCAGGCAAAUGGAAAAUGUAUAGUAAUUAUCACAGAUUAAAUAAAUGCAUAGUAUCAAACAGAUAUUCAGUACCACAUAUUCAAGACUUCACGUACAGCAGAUUCAUCAAGUGCACAGUAGUAGACAGACAUCCAGUAUCAUAUAUAAAAAAUUUCAUGCACAGCAGAUUAAAUAAGUAUAUAUUAGUAGCCAGAUAUCCAGUACCACUUAUCCAAGACUUCAUGCACAGUAGAUUAAAUAAGUGCACAGUAGCAGACAGAUAUGCAGUACCACAUAUACAAGAUUUCACGCACCACAAAUUAAAUAUAAGUGUAAGAUAGCAGAUAGAUAUCCAGUCCCAUAUACCCAAGAUUUCAUGCGUAGACUUCAAGGAUGCAAGGUUUUUGGACACCGGAUCUGACCCGUGCAUAUCACCAGAUUCCAGUGCCAAAGGACCGUGAAAAGACAACUAUGAUUCAUUAAAAACGCAGCAACAACUCAAGCGUCAACUCAUACCUAAAGGUCGCGAGAAAAAAAGGAUGAACAUCCCAUCGUAUGGAACCUUCUCCACCAAACAAGCUUACGACGAAUGCAAGCAAUAACUCGCAGAAGCAUUUUUUGCUUAAGUAAGCAUAAGUUGCUAAGUAAUUUAAGCUACUUAAGGAGGAAUAGGGUAACGAACCAAUGGCUGCGUUCAGCAGAAAAAAUUCAUGAAUAUGAUUGGUUUAUACAUUUAGAUUGAAUGAGGAAAUAAGAGCAAGACCAAUCACAUUAAAGAAUUUUACACAGCUGCUUUUUUUUUUGUUGAACGCAGCCUUAUGUUAGCGUCAGUCAUGGUGAGCUUACGGCUAAUAGGAAUCAAGCACGGAGAGAG